AUGUAUGGGCAAGGCCUUUCCUCUAUCAUUCAUCCUCCUGCCAGUGUUUUCUUCUGGGGACGCUCUAGUGUAGUCCAACAAAUAUCAUACAGGCGGUUCUCUCGCACGUCGUUAGCACAAGAUAAGAAGGUUGCAUCCCCGUCAUUUGGGCCAGUUGGCGUCGAGGCAGCACUCCGUGCCUCAUCCGAUCCAUCCUUCAAACCUAAGCCAACUCUGUUGGAAAAGGAGUUCUCACUUGCUGGACAUGUGGCGGUUGUUACUGGUGCGCAGCGUGGACUAGGUCUCGAGGCUGCUGAGGCACUUGCAGAAGCUGGUGCUACAGUGUACUGUUUAGAUCUGCCUGCAGAGCCAGACAAGAAAUUCAUCGUUACGCAAGACUACGUGUCGAAACUCGGACUUGCUCGAAACGCUCGUCUGGAAUACGCAUCCGUGGACGUCACAGACCAGAAAGCUGUAUGGAAGGUCUUUGGUGACAUAGCGGAGAAGGAAGGACGUUUGGACGCCUGCGUCGCUGCUGCGGGUCUUUUGCGCGCAGAGAAGUGCUUGGACUACCCUGCAGAAGACUUCCAGAAGGUAAUGGACGUGAACGUAAACGGCGUCAUGUUUACCGCACAAGCUGCAGGUCGCCAAAUGGUGAAAUUCGGGAGGCCCGGAAGCAUUAUCCUGAUCGCGUCGAUGACAGGAAGCGUAUCUAUAAAGGGACAGAACUGGCUUGCAUAUGAAACGAGCAAGUCCGCUGUAACGCAAAUGGGCCGUAGUAUGGCAUGUGAGCUUGGACCGGAGGAGAUCCGAGUGAAUACUCUGUCCCCAGGAUUUAUUUACACAGCUCUGACAGCAGCAUUCCUUGACGCACAUCCUGGUUUAAAAGAGGAAUGGUCCUCCUUCAACCCGCUCGGCCGAAUUGGAAGGCCAGAUGAACUUCGUGGCGUCAUUGCGUGGUUGGCCUCUGAUGCAUCAUCCUUCUGCACGGGUAGCGACAUCCUUGUCAGUGGAGGCCACCACUCAUGGUAA